AUUUAAAGUGAAGAAAUAACAUUGGAAGAACAAUCAAUAUAUGUAUUAAAUUUCUCAAUUAUUAUUAUUGUUAUAAUUAUUAUUUUGUUUUCUUUUAGCCGUUUCAACGGAUUAACAAUCUCUCAAUUAUAUGUUAUAUUAGAAGGGCCUCUUGCAUAGAUCAACCACAGACAAACAGACGUAAUACCAUGAACGAUUUUCAUGGAAAUCCAUCGUCCAGCUCCACAUCACCUGGUGGAAAAGUUGCACGAAUCACUGUGUUGUGCAAUAUCGUCAACAGAAGGCGCUAGUGUGAAACGUCAAACGCAUAGAAAAACGAUGCGCGCGCCUCAGGUUGUGAAAGCCACAACUAUGAAAAUUUAAAAUGAUCGUUAAAAGCGUGGUCGAUGGAAAUUUUGCAAGUGUUACGUCUGUUUGUCUGUGGAUCAACUUUUAUUUAAUUUUAGGUUCAGUUAUCAAACAAUCAAAAACAUUCCUCCUGUUAAGCCUUUUAACAUGUUCGCACUGCAACCUGAAUAACACGUUAUUCAAAUUAUCACCAAGACAAACGUAACUUACUAAUAACAACGCUUAUAUCCCCUGGCAAUCGCCUAUCUGCGUUAUCUUUUUACUGGGCAAUACGUCUACCUAGUGACGUUUAUGGACCUGUUGGACCAAGUCAUGCAGCAAGCCAAACACCUCAGGCAGCAUCCAUUUAUUACGUAACGCUAAAAUCGACAUUUUUCGACCCCCCCUCCCCCCUGCGUAACGCUUUUUUGUAUGAAAAUUCUUAAAUUUUUGUAUGGACCGUAACGCUUGGCUGCACUCCCCCCCUCCCCCUAGAGCGUUACGUAAUUUGUGGACUGCGCCUCACCUACAACUGUUGUCCCGCCCACGCACUGAAAAAAAUUGACACGAUCGAUUCAUGUGUUUUGACUUGCGGGUUGAGUUAAAAGCGUCAACGUUAGUCUGAUGUGGUUUUCCAAUGUAUUAUGAGUAUUCUACACAUUGGAUAAGUCUGAUUCAUAACAUCAACUUCACUGCUAGGCUUACAUCAGCUUAUCAAAUGUAAUUCACAUGAACAUAAUAUUUGUUACAAAUGGUGUUCAAAUAGUUCUUUCUUUAACUGAAACCAGCUGUCAAAACAUUACAAUCUCAUAUGUGAUAUGAUUGUAAUUGAACUAAUUUUGCACACGAAUUUGCGCUUCUGUUUUUUUCCAAAUGUAUUUCAUAACUGGUGACACAUGACUGAUGAAAAAUAACCGUCAAACGAUUUUCGCAAAGUUUUUCAUCAUGGCGGAGAAUUAUCAGAAGCAGCUUUCUCGUUUUUACGGUGAAGUGCGUAAGGAUGACGAUUUGCUACGGCCUCCAUAACCAGUUGAAGGCUGGCGACUCCAUGGGAGGCUGCGCAACAGAUGCCAUUUUGCGAUUGAAGACCAGAAGCAAUUGGUCCAGGAGCAGGUCCAUCGGAGAAGUGCUUCAUUGGGGGUAGACUAAGUAACGUAUAAAAUAUUUAACUAUAACAAAUAAAAAUGCCAUUACAAUAAUUCCGAGUUUUAAUAAUUAUCCAUACAUAGCAUUGAAUUCACCUAAAUAGUGAAGUGCUCAUAUUUCGCGCGAGCUCCAUUUUGCUAUCACGAUUUAUUUUUCAAAAGGCAAAACUAAUAUCGUGAUAGUUAAACUAUGAGCUCGCAUGAUAUUGGGGCACUUUACAUUGUGAUUUUGCCUGAAGGACUACAUGAGUAGUAUAACAAGAAAUCCAUAUGCACCAAACAUGAAAUUUAUGUUCAGCUUAAUAUGAGAUUGAUGUAUUCACAAGUCGAAUUCAACAUGAUCAAACGUGAAUAUUCAUUGGCACUUCAAUCAGAAUGCAUAUGUAAUUCAUUCAAAUUCUGUGUUAGACACACAUUAGAAUAGUGUGGAUUGUUGAUAAAUCGGGGCAAAGCUAAUGCUGGUAAAUCUAUAUGUUUCACACGUGAUUUCCGUGAGUUUUACAAUUUGCGCAAAUCUAUAUGUAAAACACAUUGCUCAGACGUGUAAAUUUUUUUGAGUGCAGGUAUUUCACUAUUAGCUGUAGGUGCAUAGGGUAACGGUCGAAUUUUGGACCCCUAGAGAACAUAACUUUGAAUGUAAGCAUAAAUCAAACAGAUUCAGAGGGUGUUACACAUAAUGAUGAUGUUUAUAUGACCGUAAAAGCCUCCACUGUCCGUCAAAAAUACCAACAAGAUUAUUUCUGGCUGAAGAUUUGAUGAAAAUAACUGAUUUUUGAAGCAUCAGUUUUCACUGUUUUGGACACCCCAAUGUAUUUUGGACCCUCUUAAGUAUAUAUUUUGGACACUCGGUGUUUAAACCCACUUGAAACUAUUUUCGAAGAAUCUGCAACUUGGAUAUGCUGCAUCACAUCCUGAUUACUUGAUUGACAAAGGCUGAUUAGACGAACUUUGCAAAUUUAAUGCGCUAGAAUGAUAAACGUUUUUGUUUACAUAUGCAAGUUUCCCCAGCACCAUUUUCUCUUUUCGUAAACAAGCCGCGACAAUCGCACGGAUGACGAGAUUAACAAAACAUAAUUUCAAGGCAAAUAAAGAUGUUUCCAGUGAGGAAAUGAUUGCUGCUCGUACAAGACAAUCUAAUUUAACGAACGAUUCUAAAAACUUUUGUCAUCUCUUCAUUAAAUCUGUGAAAGUUAUGAUAAUACGGUCCAGGGGGACCAAAAUAUAUGGGGGUCCAAAUUAUAUUGGUUAUUUACCCUAUGUAGGUGUUUUUUUUUUCUUCUAAACCAUACACGGAGAAACUGAAAAACUCAAAAUUAGGUACUUUUAAACUCAAUUUUGAGUUCUUUUUCAUCUCCCUGUUCAUGCGCUCUUUCUAUUGUUGUCAGAGAGUGAAGAGAGAAACACCCCAACUUUUGCAGUUCCGUGCGUCAUGCCAACACUGAGUUUCUAGCACAGUACUCAAAUUUGAGUGAAUACAACCUAGUCAAAAUUUCGGUUGGGUGGAAAAAACUUAAAAUUAGGUAUUUUUUUCACAUGGAAGCAAGCGGGAACAACCCAACAAAAACAUCGAUUCCAUCAACUCAAAAUUGACUUGACGCACGCAACCCCGAAGUUGGGUGGAAAGAACCCACUUUGGGUAGUUUCGUCUCUCCGUGUAGGGGGAAAAUCUGAAAUUCAGAGAGGGGCUAGUGUAUUGAGGGAUUUGCACAAAAGUGCACGCGGCCUAUCGUUUCCGAAAGGUACGGCCGCGGCUUUCACUCCCUAUUUCCUUCAUCCUUAUGGGAAAUAACAUUGCGACGUUUCCUACGGUGCGGCUGUUCCUUUCUAAAACUAUAGACCGCGUGAACUUUCGUGCAAAGCCCCUUUUUGAAACAUUUCAACGACCGCGCGGUGUUUACGUUUCAAGAAACCUAACAAUACAUCGCACCCUCAAGGUUAGCUGCGUAGCCUGCUUAGCCAGUUUCCCGAGUGGUCUUCACCACUCCCUUUGUCAUCGGAAGGCGGACAGGGUAAACCCCGCCCGCGUGCACCUGAUUUGCAGACAUCAAGAACUGAUACCUAAAUACGUGCAACCAGAUCUGACCUGCUGAAGGCAAGGGUAUCACUACCCUUCAGGCCCUAUCAGCUGUACCAAAAGGUUGCUGACAGCAGGGUCUCCACUUGACGCGGCCCUUACCGGGGACUCCUUUCCAACCGUGGGCUCGGAUCCAACCCAGUAGACCGAUGCCACGACAGCAACGCCACCAUAACUUCCUCUCCGUGGCCACAUAAUCGCUGUAAGGGUCGAUUUCGACCGUAGGGCACCGGUAUCACCUAAGAAGCCGACUCCGAAACCCUGGACCACCUCUUGUACCGCAUCUGAACUAGCCAUUCCCCGAGUAGCUCCCAGACGAUGUGGGUGAUAGCCGUUGAAACGGCGUUCCAGCCAAACCCAUCCUUACACAUCCUCUGGGCAAGAUUGUCUGGAGUAGAGUUCUCUCCGCAUGUGGCAAGCAUGCGGUCACGUAUUGUGCGAAGACGCGGGCGCAUGAAAAAAAAAGGUGUUCGGCCCUUUCCUCUAAACCAUCACAAACACGGCAUUCGGGAGAAUCCGCAUGCCCGAAAUGGUGUAGAUACUGUCGGAAGCAACCAUGGCCUGAAAAGACCUGUGUCAGGUUAGAUUGUUACUUCCCCAUAGCGCAUAUUAUUCCAACUAUCUACUCUCGGUAUCAACCUAUGGGCCACCCUCCUUUGGUGGAACUUUCCCACGCGCGCUGCGAUUUGACCAUAGAGGCCAUCCUGGCAGAUCUGCGUAUGCCUCUUGUGCUGCGCAUUUUGAAGCACUCCAUGUCCUCACUGAUAAGGGUGCUGAUAGGCACCAUACCAGUGAUGACGCAGAGAGUGUCGUGUGACACAGUACGGCACGCGCUCGCAACCCUCAGGCACAUCAGCCUGUAAGUUCUUACUGUUUACAACAAUAGUAUCCAGUACUGUAGGAUUGUAGUAGUCAUAGAUUUAAGUAGGUAUUGACGUUUGUAUAAUAAAGAAUCAUUCCUAUUCAAACCACCAAUCUGGAAGGACGUUCUUACAACUGGCGACGACGGAGAAAUUUCGGAAGGAAGAAAGAAGAAAGGAAUCAAUAGAAGUGCAAGCGGCCUGAAGAGAGAAUCGAAAGCGGAAAUCUGGCGGAAUUAGGAAGUGGCUUGGACCGGAAGCCUGAAUCAGAAGUUGGAAACGAUCUGAACAAAACCGAAUAUGGUUUGGUCGACGGUAUGUAUAUAUUUCCAUGGUUACAAAAGAAAAAAAAAAUCUUGAAUUUCGAAAAAUGUGAUUUCACAUAUUUUGGCACCCGUUGGCAAUUCUCGGGUUGGAAAAUGAUACAAAGGAAUCAAGGGCGAUCCCUAGGAUUCUGGCAGAACUCGAAUUCUGAAUGAGAGUUUGCUAUACCACCCGGAGGCAAUCCUCGGGUGUAAACAAAACCUAGAGGCGAUCCUCAGGUUGAGAAAGAACACCUAGAGGCGAUCCUCAGGUUGUAAAUAAUCUAGAGGCGAUCCUCAGAUUAUAUUGAAAAACCUAGAGGCGAUCCUCAGGUUAUAAAAUAAAUCUGUAGGCGAUCCUCAGAUUUUGAAGGAAACCUGGAGGCGAUCCUCAGGUUAUAGAAUUGAAUCUGGAGGCGAUCCUCAGAUUACAAAGAAAACCUGGAGGCGAUCCUCAGGUUGUAUAAAUAAUCUGGAGGCGAUCCUCAGAUUAUAUAAUUAAAUCUAGAGGCGAUCCUCAGAUUACAUAUAAAGAAAAAACCUGGAGGCGAUCCUCAGGUUGUCAAAUUUAAUGUAGAAAAGAUCCUCAGAUUAUUGAAAAUCUGGAGGUGAUUUUCAGAUUACAUGUGUUUUGGAAUGAUUGGGUUUUUUAUUCUCCAGGUUAAUCAACUCAUACCCCCAUUCGUCGAAAAUGAGGAAGGCCCGGUGGGCGUACGAUGGGAGAAAUGGAGAGAGCAAUUCGACGCCUACCUGUCGUGGAAAGACAUCGAUAGUCACGAAGACAAGUUUAAAAAGCUGAUGAUGUUCGGAGGUCCUGAUAUACGGAGAAUCGUUUCAAACGUUGCUGAAGUCUGAAGUGGAACAAUCGACAAUCGGUAUCGUAUAGCCGUGAACCUGCUGGACGAGUAUUUUGUACCCCGAGUCUCCAAGAUCUUCGAACGCCAAAAGUUCAGACAAAUGGUGCCAACAUCGCAAGAGAAGCUGGACGCUUUCGUCGUACGUUUGAAACAUCAAGCAAUCAAUUGUGACUUUGGGAAUCAAGCAGAAAACAUGCUAGUGGACCAUGUUGUAAGUACGACAAAGGAUUUGAAGCUUAAACGGAGAUGCCUGGAGAAAGACCUAUCGUUGAAGGAAGUCCUCGAUAUAGCGCGAUCGCACGAAUCUGUUGAAUUGCAACUGCAUAAUUGGGAGGAGAAGAAUACAACCAAGCUGGACCUAAAUGCUGUUGAAUCGAAACCAGCUACUACCGAAACAAAUGAAAUAUUGAAGAUCACAAAUUUCGCUGGAAAGAAAUGUACCAGGUGUGACGGAAAACAUGACGGUCGUGAUUCCUCGUGCCCAGCUAAGACUCGUAAGUGCAACAACUGCGGCCAAACUGGACAUUUCGCUCGAUGCUGUUUCCGGAAGAGAAAACCUGAGGCCGAGUUCAGUACAAUGAACAAAUCCACUCGGCCUAAGUUCAAACGGUUCAUUCGAGAGAUCGAGGAUGUCAAAAAUGAUGAUGAAGGAACAGUGUUCAACUUAUUCCACCUUGGAUCUGGAAAACGGUCUGUCACCGUAGGCGUCGGCGGACACCCUUUGCAGCUAAUGGUAGAUACAGGCGCAGAUGAAAAUGUACUCGCUGAGCGUGACUGGGAGCAGCUCAAACGAACUGGCUUCGAAGCAUAUGGAAUCAGGAAAGGUAGCAAGAAGGUUUUCAAUGCUUAUGGAUCAAACACUCCACUUGGUGUACUAGGAGAGGUUGAUGUGGAAGUAAAGUUCAACGGGAAAUCCAUGGACACGACGUUCUAUGUAAUUGCCGGAGGUAAAUGCUCAUUACUUUCGGGUGAUGCAGCAAUCAAUUUGGGAAUCAUCCAAUUCACUUAUGCUGUUGACAAGCAAGCCUUUCCAUCAAUCAAAGGUAAGAAAUAAUUUUGAUUUGCUUAUGAAUUAAUGAAACUUAUCGAUUGAAAAAUAAACAAAUAUGAACUUUAAUACAUUUUUACAAAAUUAGGGAUCGUUGCAAACGUUAAAAUCGAUAAGAAUGUACCUCCUGUACGACAAAGUUUGCGUAGGAUUCCCUUUCCUCUUGAAGAGUUAGAAAUAGCUAAACUUAAAGAAUUAGAGGAACAGGAUAUUAUUGAGCGAGUUUUCGAAGCUUCUGAAUGGGUUUCACCAAUGAUAGUUAAAAGGAAAAGUCAAACUGAAGUACGUAUAAUUGUUGAUCUACGGGAAGCCAAUAAAGCCGUUAUUCGCGAAGUACAUCCUCUACCAAUGCUAGAACAAUAAAACAAUACUAGGAAAAUAGGUGGGAAUUUGAUGAAAAUUUUAAAAUAAUUGUUAACUUAAGGCUUAAUAAAUAAUAUAAAUUUUAGGUGGAAAUUCAAUUUUUACCAAGCUUGAUAUCCGCCAAGCUUUUCAUCAGGUUGUACUAAGCAAGAAAUGCAAAUAUAUAACAACUUUCAUUUCCCCUCUUUGGUUAAUGCAGUACAAAAGACUCAUGUUUGGCCUCUCAGCGGCACCUGAGCUUUUCCAAAAAGUAAUGGAAAUAAUAUUCGCUGAUUUUCCGUGGCUGAUAAUCUUCAUAGACGAUAUUUUGAUACCAGCCAAAAACAGCGAGGAAUUGCGAUACAGAACAAAUUUGGUACAUCAACGGCUACAACAAUACAACAUCUUGAUCAACACAGACAAAACAGAAUACGGAGUAACCGAGCUUGAUUUCAUUGGGUACCGUAUAACCGCAAAUGGUAUAUCAGUUGCAAGGAACAAAUUAGAAGCGAUAGAACUUCUCAACCCGCCCACAUCCACGGAAAAAGUUCGUAGUUUCCUCGGAUUAGUGAAUUUCGAAAACCGUUACAUUCCGCACAUGGCUACGAUAACAAAUCCUCUACAUCAACUUACUCACAAAGGGACAAAAUUUCAAUGGAAUUCUGUUCAUCAGCAGGCAUUUGACGAAAUCUAAAAGAUUUUGAAGCGAGACGAAACUCUUGGAUUUUACAAUCCAGAUUUCGAAACAUAUGUAAUUGCAGACGGUAGUCCGGUAGGACUUGGUGCAGUUUUGGUUCAGAAGAACGAAGCAGGUCAAUUCAAAAUUAUUCACUAUGCUUCGAAGACUCUCACAGCCACUGAGAAGAAAUAUGCUCAGACGGAAAGAGAAGCAUUAGCUCUGGUGUGGGGAUGUGAAAAGUUUUAUCAUUAUUUGUAUGGUAAAUCUUUCUACUUGAUAACAGACCAUAAACCACUCGUGGUGAUUUUCGGAGAUCGUAUCAAACCAUCUCCCCGCAUAGAACGGUGGAAACUACGAUUAAUGUCUUUCGACUAUAAAAUUAUGUACAGACCAGGAAAAGGGAGCAUAGCUGACCCACUAUCCCGACUAUGUCAAACUGUACCUAAUAACGGACCAAGUUUUGAUGAGGAAACGGAGAGAAUAAUCAAAUUUAUCACUGAGGAUACUUGUCCCAUUGCUCUAUCGUUACAAGAGAUAGAACAAGCCACUUGCAAUGAUGAAGAACUCCAAGAACUCAUAAAGUGGUUACCCUAUCCUUCUAGAAGGUGGCCUAAAACAUUAUUAAGAUAUAAAAAACUUGCAAGUUGCCUAACCACUGACCAAAAGGUGAUAAUGAAAGAUCAAAAGUUGGUUAUUCCCAGGACAUUACAAAAGCGAACAUUGAGUCUGGGACAUGAUCCUCAUCUCGGCAUUUCAUCAAUGAAACGACGACUGCGAACAAAAGUUUGGUGGAGCGGAAUGGACACUAUGAUUGAAAGUUUUGUUACAAGUUGCUCAGGAUGCGUUUUAGUCUCUAUCCCAGAUGCACAACCACUCACACGAACUGAACUACCCGAGAGACCAUGGAUAAAACUAGCUAUGGAUUUCAUGGAAAUUCCAGGAGGACACCACUUACUGGUUGUGACCGAUUAUUUUUCAAGAUACUUCGAAGUUGUUAUUCAAAAUUCUAUGACGGCUUAAUUGACAAUUACGAAACUAAGGGAAGUUUUCGCACGAUUUGGAUAUCCUGAAGAGAUAGUGUGCGACAAUGGUCAACCGUUCUCCUCAGAUGAAUUUUCUUCGUUUUGUAAAACAAAUGGAAUCAAAAUAAAUCAUUCAGUUCCUUAUGCUGCAUUCCAAAAUGGUCAAGUGGAAAGACAAAACCGGACCUUGUUAAGAUCGAUCAAAAUCAGCGUUACAUUGGGUCGCGAUUGGAAAUGCGACUUACAGGAUUUUCUACACGCAUAUCGAGCAACACCUCAUUCAGUAACCAAUUUCUCUCCUGCUGAUCUCAUGUUCGGAUGGAAUUUGCGGGAUAAGUUACCACGAUCUACACGUGAAGUAAAUAUCGAGAAAGCCAAAUAAAAUGAUGCUCGUUGCAAAGAAAAAGGAAAAACGUACAUUGAAGGAAAAAGGAAAGCUAAAGAUUCCACUAUUGAUGUCGGAGAUUUCGUAGUUGUGAAAAACUUCAUCCGGAAGAACAAAUUAACACCAAAUUUCAAUCCUCAACAACACAAGGUGGUUAAAAGAGAUGGAACACGGCUACAAUUGGAAAAUGUUGAAACAGGCGUUAUAUCCAGUCGACAUGUAAACCAUACCAAGAGAAUUGUAAAUAGAAAUCCGUUUUUGUGCCCAGAUGAAGGGGAAAUAGGUAUAAUCCAAUAGAUACAGACUAUUACUGAUAAAAUAUCUCGAUUUGAAAUGAAAUGAAUACUAUACAUAUAUAAAUUUCAGAAACAACUUCAAGCAUUCCUCAAUCCAAUAAUGGCGAGAUGACAUUGAUGGUUCCAGAUACCGAAGAACGAAAGAAACGACAAACUGAAUCCGAAUCAAGUUUGAUUGGGAGAAAACGACAAAAGCGGCUCCCUAAGCAUCUCCAAGAUUUCAAACUAUAUAAACUAGAAUAAUAUUGAUUAAUAGUCUAUUAAAUACUACAUUAAAUAUUUCCUAGAAUAAAAUGUUACAAUCACUAGAAAAGGGGAGGGAUGUAGGAUCGUAGUAGUCAUAGAUUUAAGUAGGUAUUGACGUUUGUAUAAUAAAGAAUCAUUCCUAUUCAAACCACCAAUCUGGAAGGACGUUCUUACAAGUACUUAGCGCAGUGCCCCACGCCGAGCCGCCAUACCUUAGUAUGGACGUAGCGACACUAGCCAGAAGCUUGUGCUUACUGGCGUACCCCGCAGAGUUAUUGGACAUCAUCUAGAACAGUGCCGCAAUAGUUGUGGAGGCUCUUUUACAGGCAUAAUCAACGUGGCUACCGAAGGUGAGCUUAUCCUCGAUCAUCACGCCCAAGUGUUUGACGGAGCGCUUCGAUGUGAUAGUGCAAUCGUGUACACUAAUCACCGUCAGCUGCUCCGACUUCCGGUUAUUCACAACUAUCACCUCAGUUUUGUGGUGAGCCAACUCAAGUUUGCUGGACCUCAUCCACGUCUCCACAACCUUGGUCGAGUGGUCGGUAGUCAACUUCACCUCUUCGAUCGUUUCACCGUAGACUUCAAGCGUAAUGCACGCUAUGUCUGAACCAGCAGAUUAUAAAAAUUGCAUGUACAUCGGGUUUCUUUCCAUAAAACAUCAGUAUUCAAGCUAAAUUUUCAUUUGCAGAAGGUUUCAAAAUAUUCUAUCGGGGAAAUUUUGAUUUUUCCAUCUUUUUGACCGUUUUUCAUACAAAUUUGCUUGAAAUCCUCAUUUUCGGCCAAUUUCUCUCCCAUACAAAAUGUAUGGAAAAUUUUUUACCGAUAGAAUAUUUUAAAACCUUCUGCAAAUGAAAAUAUAGCUUGAAUACUGAUGUUUUAUGGAAAGAAACCCGAUGUACAUUCAAUUUUUAUAAUCUGCUGGUUCAGACAUAGCGUGUAAUGUCGUCUGCAAAUCCGGCAAUCGCCACUCCCACUGGGUACUCUAACCCCAACACCUCAUUGUACAUGACAUUCCAUAACUCCGGACCCAGGAUGGAACCUUGCAGGACUCCUGAGGUUAUGUGAAAGCACUUCUGCCCAUCUCUGUACCUGUUGUACAGGUACACUGAAAAUAUAUUUCGUUUCAUUGUACGAAAUCGCUCGUUCGGUUUACAAAUGCCAUUCGUUGUUUCUACAACGAAAAGAUUUGUAAUGUGCUUGAAAUCGUUUCGUAAAAAUUCACUCCGACAACGAAUUUUUAUCUUUCUUCUGUCUGUCUGUCGGACCGACAAAAAAAUAUGCAAAAAAAAAAACAGCACACGUAUAUCAGCUUGAUUUCAACAAGCUCCGAUACACGUAUCUUCUGAUUACUACCUACCAGUGCUAGUCACCCAUCUGUAGGCGCUUGUUGAAACCGUUCGGAAACAACCAGAACGCUUUCUACUCUAUUACUGUUUAUAUAGGGUAUCGGGAUGAUUAGUUGGUAUAGUCCCCUCGUUCGGCCUAUCUUAACAAUAACCAAAAACUCAAACAAACACAUAGAACUGGAGGUCGGAAAAGCUAUGCGCCAAACAACUGUAACAUUUCGUUUCAAUUUUAGCACUUUGGAGCAUUAAAAUUGAAUGAAAAUGUCACUUUGUUUAGCUUUUGUAGACGCCAUGAUUCUUCGGCUUAGUGGGUAGUCUGUACACUUGAUCAUAAAUGGCAUGAUUCUGGAACAUUUCGCAAUGACUUUUCGAUAACUGAACAUUUUUUGCGUUGGUCAAAGACGCUAUUUUGAACUCAUAUAUUUGUAUUUAUUCAACGAAAAAUAACUACCGUAAUCCGGGGUAACAUUGAUCAGAAUUUUCUAUCUUUCUUGAAUAAUUCUCUUGGUAAAGCAAACGUUACAUGUUUUAUAUUUUUAAAACAGGUACUGGCCCUCUGAGUAUGUGUUAAGUUACUCGAAAAAGUAUUGUAAAACUUUAAAACGUGUUUAAAUAGGUUUUUUAAUCUAAUUUUUGAUUUUGCUGAUUUGGGGUAACAUUGAUCAUGUCAGUGAUCAAUGUUCAUUUGUGUUGAAAAUACCCUUACUUACUAAAUUCGGGGUCGCUGAUUUCGAAUAUGUUGUCCAAAUUCUUACAAAUUAUGUACUUUUUAAGUUAUUUUAGGAUUAAAAUCCUCUAAACCACGAAUAACGCCUAAAGGUAGGCAAUGGCUUAAGGAAUUGAUAGCCGUUUUAUAAUAAAUCGUAUAUUUUACUGAAAAAUAGCAUUUUCAUAAAAGUUUCGUUUAUUAAAUCCAACUCUAGGAUAUCAUAUUGAAGUAAUACAGUGAUUUCGAACCUCAUAUUGUAUCUAGUAUUCACGCCAAGCAUGAAUGUUUGACAAUGUAUCUCAAUGCGUUACGAAACACAGUUAUGGAAAAAUCGAUUUAAUUCAAUGUUUAUGAAGUUCAAUUUCCAUAAAUCGCAUGUCCUUCAAUAGCUGAAUGAUAGCAGAUUACGAUAUACCAUUCGAUAGCAGGACCUGAUUCAAUGUACAAUGCUUGUUUGAACAUUUCAUGAGGUGGGUCAAGCCGAUCAAUGUUACCCCGCUGAUCAAUGAUACCCCGGAUUACGGUAUUUUACAAAUUAAAUGUGGGCCGCAUGUUGAGGACAUUUUUUUCCCUAUGUACCCGAAUCUUGGCCCAUCAGUAAAGUGACGACAACAACACCGAAAAAGUGCCGUCAACAAUAUUGUUUGCGAAUGAAUCAGAAAAAACGAACAGGAAAAAAGAUUUUGUGUGCGGUGACUGUGAAAAUAUAACACAAUAAUAGGGUUGCGUUGUUUUCGUUACUCAAUUAAGAAAGAACUUUAGUUUAAGUGAUUUAUUUAUAGUUAUGAGAAAAUUUGGCUCCGAAAAUGUAAUUUGAAAGCAAGGUUGGUGAACAAACAAAGAUAAUACUUUAGCAGAAAUAUUAAAAAAUGAAAGAAUAAGUGGUUCUAACGCUUGGAAAGCAAUAGGCCAAAGUUGUAUCCACUAAUAGGCCAAUUUUUAUACCGUAGACCAACAUUGCAUACCAUCGCAUCGAAUCAUUGCAACGGAAUGAAAUAAGUUCUUGAAUAUUUAUGCUAAUUUACUUCCAAUUGGACAACCAUGCACGCCUAGAGUGCGUGAUAGGGUGAACACAUCAUUUCUAGUGCUAUUAAUUUACGAGUUAUGGUCAAAAUCGUCAAGGCGGCUGGCAUAUUAGGCCAAGGAAGGGUACACAUACCCUAUAAGGGGCCAUCCAUUAAGUACGUCACGGUCCUAGGGGAGAGGGGGGUUUGUGAAAGUGUGACAAGCAAUGUAUUAAGCAUAGGAAAAACCCGUAUGAAGGGGGGAGGGGGUCUGAAAAUCAAAUUUUAGCGUGACGUACUAAAUGGAUACUCCCUAACUAUAUAUAUUAGCUUUCAACUGCUUUUUACAGAACGUAGCUAAAAAAUCUAGAAAAAAAGUUAUUAAGUAAAUUAACACUUCAUGUUAUCGACCAAAAGUUUGGGGUCACCCCUCAAUAAGAUGUAGACACAUUCUAUCAGCCCCGUAUCAUCAAUACCAAUUUUUCAAAGUUGAGUUAUGGCAUAUUUGACAUUUUUAUCACAUUCUACAUUACUUUUGUCAUCCAAAAAUGUAUUCGACAUGAUAUUAGUGUUACGAUAAAUAUAAAUUGAAUGACGAUUAAGAUUAACAUUAAAAUCGUGAUUUUAAGUCUUUUAGGCACACUUUUCAUCCAAACUAUCGUAUUUUAAACACCAACACACCGAUUUUUCAAAAGUCUUCCAUCAUUUGUAGAUAAAUGUAUGUAGAUUUUAAGACAUAAAAAGAUUUUUAAUCGGAAGACUUUACAACUCUGAAAUAUGGCUGAUCAUAGUAUGGGUUUUUAUUGCGUUGUAACGUCACGAAAAAUCAACAUUUUUAAAUUUUAUUCAAAUACGGAAAACGUUACAAAUAUGAAAUUUUGUAUGCUCUUUGUACUCGAAAAGAUCUUUUAAAUGAGAUUAAAAAAAGAAAAUCGGUUCACGGAAGCCUGAGUUUCACCUGGUUGAAGUUUGCGUUGUAACGUCACGAAAAAAAGUUCUGUGGAAAAGACCAAAUCUUUCUGGCUUGGACGGCUUCUGAAUUGGACAAACGUAGUUCUAUAUUCAAAACAGUUUCGUUCUCGUUGUGUAUGAGCUCUUUUUCGAGAUAUCGUUUAUAAAUUGCGUACCAUUGCCGAUUAAUAAACUACGUAAACUUUUGAAGGACGGGGAGAUGGUGUUUGGCCAAAAUCUACUAUGUAAUUGUACUGCGAUAUUGUAAAUUUUUUUAAUCGUAAUCUAGUACCACUCAAACCGAAAAUUUCUGUGAUAUGAGUGGCCAACAGACGAAACACUGACGAAAUUACAAAGUUAUUAAGUUGGUCAAAGACUUACAGUUGAUGGAUAGUUUGAGAGAGAACUUACAAAUUUUAAAUUUCAUACAUCUCAGGAUCCCUUUUACAUAGAAAUACGAUUUCUUCGGCAAAGUUGUUUGGUCAGUAAUGGACUUGCAGUUGAUUUACCAAUAGAUGCGAGAUUUUGCCACUAGAAGACGUUAGUUUCCAUUUUGCAAAAGCAGGCAAGGGAUUAGAAUUUUUUGAAAAGUAUUCUACAAGCUGGAACUUUUUUCACUUUGGACAUAUUGUAUUCAAAUCAAAUUGUAAUCAAAGAUCAAUAUAUAAUUCUUAACUUUUAAAAUUUUGUUUGAUUUGAUUCACUUAUUCCUUAGAUAUAAGACUUAAUAGAACACAGUCAAAAAUAUUAUUGUGCUUGAAGCGCUCCAUCUUUGUGUAGAGCUAACCAAUCAAGUCCAAAAUUGUAGAUAUUACAGAUAACAAGAUGAGGAAGUAUCAGUCAAAAUUUGAGAAUUUUUGAUAUAUUUUAUAAAAAGUUUCGGCUUGUUGAAUGUGUUUUGGGUAAUUAAUAAAAUUGGCAUGCUUUUGAAAACUGAAACCACCACUGUGUGGCAGAAAUUAAUAACAUACGGCUAUUAAACUGAAAGUCUAGUGAUCUACCAAACAACUUUAAUGAAGCAACCAUCUUUCCAAUUAAUCACGAUCCUGAGAUAAGUAAAACUAAAAAUGCGUAUGCCCUCUAGCGCCUCCUAGUGGAAGGAUUUGAAAUCAUACGGCCCAUGAAUUGAAAGUUCUUGACCAGCCAAACAAUUUUGUCGAGGACAUCAACUGUCUAAAUUUUAGGAUCUUGAAAUAUAUGGGAUGGAUAUUACGUCAGUGUUACAUCUAUUUUUGAUAUAACAAGAAUCACCGACAAACAGACGUAACACCUACGAAAUUGAAACUCAUAUGUAUCUCGGGACUCUAAUUACUUAAACUUUAGACUUUUAGAAUGUUGAUGUCUUUGGAAAAGUUGUUUAUCUUGUCCAGAAUUUUCAGUUUAAAAGCCGUUUGGUUCAAGUUUCUAACUGACUAGUGGUAGUUGAAAUUUUGAAAAAUAGUGCACUUUAUAUUUAUUCAAAAAAUAUUCAACAUGUUGUAACUUCCUAUAAAGUGCCCAAAGAUUUUGCCAAAAAAUAGUUUCUCAACUAAUCAAAAUUUGUUUGAGAAAUUCUAAAUUAUUGUAAACUUUUAAUAAGCGUCUCCCAGUGUGUCUGAAUCUCACAUCCAAUAGUUAAUAAGCUGUAAGUUUUUGACUUAUUAAACAAUUUUACCGAAGACACUAACUCUCUAAGUAAUUAUGACUCUGACAUAUAUAUGAUGGAUUUUUUUUUGUCAGAACUAGGUCUAUUUGUCUCUGGAAUCACAUAAAUUGAUGCCCCUAAGUGGUAUUCAGAUCCUCAGGUAUGUCUUUGGUUCAAUAACUGCUCGCACAUCUUAAUCAAUGACAUUGCAUAAAUUAUUGAAAAAAUGUUUAAUUCGAUGGCGUGAUUAGUUUUAUGCUGCAAAAUCUAAAUAUCUGGCGGUGCGAAGUAUUGGAUAUCAACGGUUUAGUCAUUGGGACAAUAUUAGAUGAAUAUGGGUGGUACUAGGCCGAAGAUGGGUACCAUUAACCUUCAUGAAGGAGUUUUCAUACUGCUGAUAGCAAUAACUUAGCCCUCCGAGCCAUUUAUCACAAAACGAUUUUUUAAUAGAAUAAAGUAGCUCUUGGAGCAGUAAAAAUGAUGCAAUAAUAUAUUCACAAAUUCGGGCAAUUUUGUCUGAUUAUUAUGAUUAAAAAAUGAUGUGCAUUUUCGUGACGUUACAACGCGAGCAGAACCCUGUUUGAAACUGAACGUUGUAACGUCACGAAAUGUAAAAGUCGAUUAUCCAAAAAACGAAUCCGAAAUGUGAAUGUUUUAUUUCACUGCAUUGAAGAACAAACCAAUAAAUUUCAAUGGUGGGAGAAAUUUUCAGUUUAAAAUACAAAUCCGAGCAAAUUUUGAUGUUGGUUGCGCGGUAGAGGGGGUCGAAUUCUAGCGCGUUGUAACGUCACGCUACUAAUACGCAUUUUAAACAAAUUUUUCUAAUGAAAACUAAAUGUUAAACAGGUCAAACAUAUCGGAAAUUUUACAAGGAAUCUGAAUAUGAUAAAAUAUUUUGAGGUUUACAGUCGUUUUUAUGAAUUAAAGUACAAAAUCUGACUACGGAUGCGUAGAAACGUUGUAACGUCACGGUAGAAUGUGCCUUAUCUCGACGGCGUGAUGAGUUAUAUGCUGAAAAAUUUAAAUAUCUGGCGGUGCAAAAUAACGGAUCUCAGCGCGCUAGUCUUUGGAACAAAACUAGAAGAAUAUGGGUGAUACUAAACCAAAGAUGGGUGCCGGUGUCAUUGACCUUCAUGAAGGAGUAUUCAUACUAUUGAUAGUAAUAACUUGGCCCUCCGAGCCAUUUAUCACAAAACGGAUUUUCAAUAGAAUAAAGUUCCCCUUGAAGCAGUGAAUGAUAAUGAACCUAAUACAACCCACAGCCCAAUCAGGAUGGCGAAACAAUCUGGAAAAAUGACUGGACUGACUAUGAUGAACGGAAGCAAAGUCGUAAACUACAGCAAAAAGCUGCCGAUAAAGCGAGGAAAAGCAGAAAAAUGUCAAAACAUCACCAAAGGAAAACUGCAGCAAAUAACAAAAAAAAAUCACCGCCAAGCUAUUUUUAUAUUAAAAGUUUUUCGGCUACGCAGUCUUUAAUAACUAACGAAGUUUGUUGUUAUCCCAACGUUUCGACGCUUGGUGGGCGCCUUCCUCAGGGGGUAAAUACUUGUGUCGUUAUUUGUCUAAUGUUUUGUCUAACUAUAACUGUCGGCCCAGUCAACCAGUGAUCGUAUAAGAUGCUACAUAAGAUGAUAAAGUGAAGGCGAUAUGCGUACAUUUUACAUGCGCCUAAAUGGAGGUAUGCACGCAUAUGGCCUCCACCUCGGCCUCCACUUUAUCAUUUUAUGCAUCAUCGUAUACGAUUACUGGUUGUCUGGGGGGUAUGUUGAAUUUUGGUACAUGACUUUAAAACCUUUCACUUUUUCCCCGCACAACUUGUAACACUGCACAAUGGUCCACGAAACAGAUUUACGAGGAAAGAUGCAUACAGCGCCUUGGGGCUGUCCAUAAACCACGUGGUCAUUUUUUGGGACUUCUCAACCCCCCCCCCCCUGGUGAUUAGUCCAUACAAAAUUUUUAUUUGUCCAUACAAAAUGGUCAUUGACACCCCCCCCCCCUCAUGACCUCGUGGUUUAUGGACAGCCCUCUUCAAAUGAUUUUCUAGAUUAGUAUGGUCUUCUACAAAUUUGUGCCCAAACAUAAGGCCCUCUUUUCAUGUAUCUUGAGCUUCCAAAAACUCGCAUUUUCGUGCGCUGAGAAUGUUGCUACGUCAUUCCUUUCAGAAGAUAUUUAUGAUUUUCUAGAAAAAAAGGCACUUUUCAAGUAUUUUUCACUUGAGUUACAAAAAUAACACCCCUCUAAUUUUUGAUAUGUUUUAUAACAACAUUUCUUCUUUUGAAUGCGAGCAAAUGAUAUUUUUUAUGUUUGCCCCAAUCCACCAUAACACUUUUUUAAAAAACUAUGAUUAUUCAAGAAAAAGGCCUGUAACUAUUGAACCAAAAGAGAUAACGACCAUCUCAGUGCACGAAACGACGCGUCUUCAAAUGCUCUACAAGUGAUUCUUGGGCGACUUUGAUGAAAAAUCGAAACUGAAAAGGUUAACGCCAGAAAACAAGAUUUUUUUUGAACCACCCUAAGCUUACUCAGAAAAAUACCUCUAGAUCGGUUAAUUUCAAAGCUACAUAAAAAGUGUCUUCAGCAAACUUGCUCAAAAUUCAUAGAUUUAUAACUUUCCUGAAGAAUGUAUACAUUUAUUCUUGCAAAUAAAAAAGUUUAGUUACCAAUUUCUUUGAAAAUAUAGACCACCCUAAUUUCAUGCACAUUGGAAACAGGGCCUUAUUAUUAGGGAUAACUUUGUAGAAGACCAGAUUUGCCUAAAAACUCAUUUAAAGGCGUUGAAUGCAUCUUCCCUCGUAAAUCUGGUUUGUGGACCACUGUGCACUGGCAAUGGCGCAAAGCCACCUUUGGCGCACCGAGGCAUCAAGUUCCAUAGAGGUGAGAUCUUAAACCCGAUUCCUGCGGACAUUAGAUCCAACGAAACGAAAUUACCAUUGCACAUCGUGCUCCUGUCACCAAACGAGUUUUUGGAUAAUUUGACGCUAGAGACAGAUUGUUGUCAGAUAUCUUCAGGUACUAACGCAAUUGGGUUUUUAAAUUAAGAUAAAUGUAUCGUUUUUUUUAUACGAAAGAGCACUUUUUUCUGAGCCACCAUGAUUUUUUUCAGAUUUUUAGAGCUUUAUUUUGGUACCAAAAAUCAAUUUCAAACAGAUUUUUUGAAAUCACCUUUUGACAGCUGGGUAACAGUUUGACAGUUCCAUCCAGUACAAAAUGCGACGAGGGGUAACUCGACAAAUCACUAGCACACAAACUUCAAAUUGAUUUUUAAAUAGGUUCCCGCACCAAAAUUCAUGAAAAUUUGGAUUCUGGCUCAGUUUUGCAUGCUGAUUUAGAAUAUGGAAUUAUCUCAUCAUCGCUAAAGAAGCCAAUUAAUAAUGACAAACUUUCAAAAACUUCUUCUCAAUCUCAUACCAAUGAAAUUCUAAUACAGGGGGUAGGCAACUUUUUUUCUCUCACAAAAAAGUUCAACAUGCUGUAACCAUUCAUGGAGUGCAUCAAAAAUUCUCAAAUUUUGACUGUUUGUCAACCUAUUAUUGUGGAUUUACCGGCUACUUGUAUUCUACCGGUCGCUUCAGUAUGGCCUUCAAAGUAGCCGUUUUAUAAAAAGAGUAACUUAAAAAUGUUUUUAAACAUUUUUAUUGAAUGCGCUAUUCCUCGUUGCCACUAGCUAUUCAGCGACAUUCAUUUUUUGACGAUCAAGCUGAUUUUUAUAUGAAAACGGCUACUUUGUAAAGGCUACUCAAGUAGCCGGUAGAAUACAAGUAGCCGGUAAAUCCACAAUAUAUGUGCAUCAAUGGUACAAAUUUGAGCGCGAUUGGUUAAUAAUAAUCUUUCGCGAAGUUACAGGGUGCGUGCGGUAAUUUUGCACUAACUUUCAAACAGGAAUAUUUCAAUGGGUUGCAAUAAAAAUAUAAAUCCCACAUCAUCAAAUGCACCAUAUUUCUAGUGAACUGUGAAAAAUAUAAAACCAUUAAUAAUCAAAAACGUGGUGGUAUGAGAAAAUAUUUUCAGAUACUAUGUUUUACACUAGCGCGACCAAUAACAUUUCGGGUUCUACUAUUUGUUGUGUAUUGUCGCGCUUAUCUUUUAUUAGAGUCCUGCGGCGGUCGUACGCUCGCAAUGCAUACCGCCGCAUGACAGUCGCAAGGCAAAACAAAAGAAAAAGUGUUCCCGCCAAAAACAAAAGCACGUGGGUUUCGCGAAGUGACAGAUGUUUUUGAAUGCAUUUGUGACGAACGGCAAGAGUAGCUCAGUGGAAUGAGUGUUCUUGCUGUCAAACCCCAUAUAGUGGAAUUAUAUACUUCUAAAUCUGGUGACGCUGUUAUGAUUAGUGACUGUCGCGCUAAUAUCAGAAGCCAGAGGCAGAUAAUCGCCAUAUUCUGAUUUUUCUUGAGAGGCAUAAUAAAUAAAACGAAAUCAAUAAAAUGUAAUGUGUAGAAGCCCGAUAGUGAUACACGAGACGUAUGCUUCAAAAAUUAUAAUUUAAAUAAUUUUGACGUGGUGAUUUUAACACAUUAUCGAAUAGCAUGAAUAAAAACUGGUUGUUUUUUCGAUACACGGUCAGAAAAUUCACUCAUUUUGGAGCUAAAGUGGGACAACUCAAAAUUGAGUAAAUUUUUUUCCAGCGAUAGCGCUGGCCCAAGUGCGAAAAUCUCAUCAGCUUAAGCCGUAUAAUAUUCUUGAUGAGGCGAAGAAUAUUAUACGGCUUAAACCAGUUGGAUUUUUGCACUUGGGCCAGCGCUAUCACUGGAAAUACAAUUUACUCAUUUUUGAGCUGUUCCAGUUUAGCUCAGUUUUGUGUGAAUCUUACUCAUUUUAGAGUAACUUUUUCUUAGCGUGUACACUAAGUCUAGGUUACAACUUUUUUUAGCAAGCAUCGGAUCACUUAGCGGUCUUCAACAAAGAUGUUCCGCAUAGAAUUCCCUAUAAUAAUAUGUACUAAAAAUAAGGGUUAUUGAAUGCUUCCAGUGUCAUCUAGUGGCAGAAAACUAAAACUAUGCCAUUUCUGCACAUAUUUGUACCAGUUUUACCAUAUAAACUUCAGACUAGUCAAGCGAUACCUAAGACCUUUUCAAUUCAGCUCAAAUUUGUGCUGCAGCUUAUUGGAGUCUAAAACAGCAAAUUGAGGUGAUCAGACUUAGGAUAUUUUAGUUUUAAAUUUUCUCAUAAAUGUUUGAGCAGCCCAAGUAGAAUAUUGACCUCGCAGCACCAAAUCGGAGUUCGCCAGUUGCACUAGCGAAGCGAAGUUUUCAGCGAACUUUCUGUCAUUCCUCAUCCGACCCGACAUGCAUCCCUGAUGUUUUCGUUUUCAGUCCGACGCCGUGUCGACAAUCACGACUUUAUCCUACCUGGGCGUCUGUCAGUCCGAGCGCGCCAAAUUUUUCGUGAGUGAGCAUGUGGUGUUGGUGGUUAAGGUGAAACGGUACGCUAGCCGCUAUUAAUUAGAAAAAUUGUUUCGCAAAUGUCGAUCGCUUGGUCGAUCGGCUUUUUUUUGCGAAAACGCAAACUGAAAAGUAUUAAUUUAUUAAAAAUAGUAAGCGCACGGGUACAAUAGUUUAGCAAGUUCGGAAUUUUGUGUGAAAUUAGUUUUUGUUUUCACCAUGGAAAAAUGCUUCUGACUACCAUGGUGAGUUCGUCUCAUUUCCCCUUAAGUUCGCUAGUAAUGCAGUGAAGUUUGAGCGAUGCUCAUUCUUCGGUUUUCUUCCAAAUCCACAAUACCAUUGCUCAAAUUACAAUUUCCGACUUCUUCCAGUUAUUUCUCCGCUAUCUUCCAUUUUAGCGAUGUAGUUUUUUGUAGGUAACAAGCCUAUGAAAUCCCCCAACUACACUGAAAAAAAUCAGCUCCAUAGCGUUCUUGACAGCUGAGAAAAUGCACAUAGUAUGCAGCUGCUCCACACUGGAAAAAAAACUUUAAUUUCAUUUAUGUGUCCGGGACAUGGAUUUUUGCAAUGGGGGUAAACAAAUGUUUUCCAUUAGUGCGACUCAUACUUUUGAUGAGGCACCAUACAGCAGCGACUCAUACAAUUUAGAGCACAUACUAUUCAUGUGCUAAUUUGCCUGCGUAAUCGGGUAUUGGUUGCAUAUACUUUGGAUGUGGUUUGGCACAUGGACAUUUGCCAUUAAGUAUGAGGCAAUUUUCCUGAGUAUAUAUAUUCAUACUCAAGUUGUUCGCAUUUUCGUCUUCUAGAAACCUCUUUUUCAAAUUUAUGGGAUAUUUUUUGAACGGCACACAUAACGAUGAUUCCAUUGGAGCUCCUCGUACAAAAAAAAUAUUCUAGUUUUACCUAAAAUAACACAAUUGUUGACCAAAUACAUAUAGAGAACAACACUAAAACGGACUUGCAGCGGUUCUCAGGAUCGUUCAAAAAAGGUUAUCGAUAUUAGGGCCACUUUUUUCUUCCUAAAUCAUUGAAAUAAUCACAAUUGUUCGCGAAAAAAUCAUUUAGUAUAGAUCUAUUGUCGAGUUAUUUUUAAAACGUGUUUUAUGAUUACGAUAUGAUUUAGUGCAAAAAUAUCGCAAGCACCCUGUAGAACCGUUGCAACUACAAUACUACAACGCGUUGUAGUAAAAUACUAUUUUUUAGAUAACCAAUUUUUGAACUCUCAUAUCUCCGAAACCAGUAAUCCGAAUCAAAUGAAAUUUUGAACGUUUAUCAACAAUAUAUUGAUGCUUGAUGCAACAUAAUAAAAUGUAAUUUUUUCUUACGACGAAUAAAGUUACACGGAACUACAAAUCAACCCAAAUUUAAGUUGUUUUGACGCAAUCCCGGUCUUCCGUGGAAUAACUCAAAUUUGCGUCAAACAGCGAAAGUGGUGAGUGAGUAGUUCUCGUUUGAGAGCGGCAAAAAAAAUUAACCCACUGGUAAGUUAUUUUCACCCAACGGAGGCCUCAAAUGACGCAAAUUUGGGUUAACUCAAGAAAACCCAAAUUUGGCUUCUUCCACGGAAGAGCAGCGGAUGCGUCGGUGCUUCUCUCUUUGUUUUCGACAACAUUGCAGUGG